AUGGCUGGGGUGGAAGACGAGGACGAGUUCAAGGACGCCCUGGCGGCCGCCGAUCCGCCACCUUGCUCGCCGAAGCCCACCGCCAACUCCAAGUCCAAGCCCGCUACCGGCGGCGGUGGCCUCGGGAGGAGGCUGUUCGCUUCCAUUCCUCUCCCCGCCACCCUCUCCGCCGCCAUCGGCCGCUUCUCCAGCCCCAAGCCGCCGGCUUCCAACGUGGGCCUCGGGCUCCUACUCGACGCGGGGGCGGGGCCCGCUCCCUCCGCCGACGGCCCCCCUGCCUCCGACGCGGCCUCGGGCGGCAGCAGCUUCCACAUGCCCUCGCUGGCUGCACUCCAGCGGCAGCACGGGGACGAUCAGGUUGCUGGGCGUGGCGCAGGUGUGGAGGAGGAGGAGCUAGGGUUGGUACCGGCCGAGGAAGGGUGGAAUACAGCUGAAGACUGUCGGGAGAAGGAAGGUCUUGCUGUUGAUGGGCGCUCUGCGAACAGAAAUUGUUUCCCGACGCGUGGUCAGGUGGAGGAGGGGGAGCAGUGCCCUGGUGAUGAGUUGGGGGCAGCCGUGGUCCAAGAUCAGGAGGUGGUGGUGGAGCAACAAGGGGCCACCGAGGAUUUUGCUGCUGUGGUGGAAGAUGAGAGUAACUACUCUGCAGUAGAGCAAUGUGCUGGUGAUGAAAUAAGGGCAGUCAAGGCUAGCAAUGCUGUGAGGGUGAUCAAGCAAGAGUGUGCUGGUGGCAUACUGGAUGCAGCUGAAGAUGGUGUUUCUGUAGGAUUGCAAGAGGAGGCGAAUGCUGUGGUGGAAGAGCAAGGCGUGGAUGUCAUUUCUGUACAAGAUCAACAUGAGGUGGUGGAGCAGUGCGCUGGUGAUAAAUUGACAACAACCACAGAUGGUAAUGCUGCACAAGAUCAAGAGGUGGUGGUGGAGCAAGAAGGGGCAACUGAGUGGUACACUGCUUUGGAAGCUGUAGAACAAUGCAGCGAUGAUGGGUCAAAAGCAGGAAAGGAUGGGGAUAUUGUUGAAGAAGAGAAGGGUGUGGAAGAAGAAGGUGCUGUUGGUCUACUACUGGAUGCAGCCAAGGAUGGUGCUCCUGUGGAAUCACAAGAGGAUGAUGAUUUGGUGGUGGCAGAGCAAAAUGAGGAUGUCGUUUCUUUACAAGAUCAACAUAAAGUAGUCGAGCAGUCUACCAGUGAUCAAUUGAGAACAGCCACAGAUGAUAAUGGUGUACAAGAUCAAGAGGUGGUAGAGCUAGAAGGGGAAACUGAGUGUUACACUGCUGUGGAAGCUGUAGAACAAUGCUGCUAUGAUGGGUCAAAAACAGUGAAGGAUGACGAUAUUGUUGAAGAAGAGAAGGGUGUGGAAGAAGAUGCUGUUGGUGUACUACUGGAUGCAGCCAAGGAUGGUGCUCCUGUGGAAUCACAAGAGGAUGAUGAUUUGGUGGUGGCAGAGCAAAAUGAGGAUGUCGUUUCUUUACAAGAUCAACAUAAAGUAGUGGAGCAGUCCACCGGUGAUCAAUUGAGAACAGCCAUACAAGAUCAAGAGGUGGUGGAGCUAGAAGGGGAAACUGAGUGUUACACUGCUGUGGAAGCUGUAGAACAAUGCACCAAUCAUGGAUCAACAGCAGCCAAGGAUGGCAAUGUUGUGGAAGAAAAGGAGAAGGCGGUGGAGCAAGAAGUUUCUGUUGGUGUACUGGAUGCAGCUAAAGAUUGCGUUACUGUGGAACCACAAGAGGAGAAUGUGGUGGUGGCGGAGCAUGGCGAGGAUGGCAUUUCUGUGCAAGAUCAACAUAAGGUGGUGGAGCAAUGUACCAGUGGUCGACCGAGAACAACCAUGGAUGAUAAUGCUUCAGAAGGUCAAGGGGUGGUGAAGCAGGAAGGUGCCAUUUUUGAUAUGGAUGCAACAACAGAUGAUAUUGCUGUUGAAGAUCAAGAGAAGGAAAUGAAGGAAUCUGAUGGUGAUGAAUCAAGAGCAACCAGGGAUGAAAAUUCUGUGGAAGUUAAGGAUAAGGUGGUGGACCAAGAAGAUGUCGUAGACGAAUACGGUGUGACCAAGGAUGGCAGUGGUGCGGAGUUACUAGAGAACAACGUAGUGGCUGUAGAGCAAGGUGAGGAUGGCAUCUCUCUAUCAGACGAGGAUAAUAUGGUGGAACUAUACACAAGUGAUCAACUGAGAUCAACCCUGGAUGACCAUGCUGCAGAAAAUCAAAAGGCGGUGGGGCAAGAAGGUGACAUUGUUGAAAGGGUUGUGACCACAGAUCGUAUUGCUGGUGAAGACCAAGAGAAGGAAGUAGAGCAAUCUGCUGGUGAUGAAUCAAGGUCAACCAAGGAUGAGAAUGGUCUGGAAGAUAAUGAGAAUGUGGAUCCAGAAGAUGUGAUCAACAUACAAGGUGUGAUCAAUGAUGACAGUUGUGUGGAGGCACAAGAGGAGGGCGUGGUGGUUGCAGAGCAAGGUGGGGAUGCCAUGUCUGUAGGAGAUGAGGGUAAUGCGGUGGAGCAAUGCACCAAUGAUCAGCUGAGCGCAACCAUGGAGGAUAAUGCUGCAGAAUUCCAAGAGUUGGUGGAGCAAGAAGGUGUCACUUUUGAAAAGGGUAUGACUGCUGGUGGCAUUACUGUUGAAGAUCAAGACAAGGAAGCGGAACAAUCUGCAGGUGACGAAUCAAGCGUAACCGAGGGUGAGAAUGCUGUGGAAGAUAACAAGAAGGUGGAUCAAGAAGAUGCCAUUAACAGACAAGGUACAGCUAAGGAAGACAGUGGUGUGGAGCCACAAGAGGAGAACGUUGUGGAUCCAGAUCAAGGUGUGGAUGACCUUUCUGUACUAGAUGAGGGUAAUGUGGUGGUACAAUGCACCAGUGAUCAAUUGAGAACAACCAUGGAAGAUAAUGCUGCAGAAUUGCUAGAGGUGGUGGAGCAAGAAGGCGCCAUUGUUGAAAAGGGUGUGGCCUCAGAUGGCAUUACUGUUGAAGAUCAAGACAAGGAAAUGGAACAAUCUGCAGGUGACGAAUUAAGAGCGACCGACGGUGAGAAUUCUGUGGAAGAUAAAAAGGUGCAUCAAGAAGAUGCCAUUGACAAACAAGGUGCAGCUAAGGAUGGCAGUGGUGUGGAGUCACAAGAGGAGAACAUGGUGGUUCCAGACCAAGGUAUGGAUGGCCUUUCUGUACUAGAUGAGGGUAAUGUGGAACCACAGUGCACCAGUGAUCAACUGAGAACAACCACAGAUAAUAAUAAUGCUGCAGUUGAUCCAGAGGUGGUGGAGCAAGGUGUUGGUAGCACCUUGGGUGCAGCCAAGGUUGGCAUUGCUGUGGAAGAAUCACGAGAGGAGGACAUCAUGGUGGCAGAGCAAGUUGAAGAUGGUGUUUUUGUACAAGAUCAAGAUGAGGCAGUGGAGCAACGCACCAGUGAUCAACUGAGAACAAUCACAGAUGAUAAUGCUGUGGAAGAUCAAGAGGUGCACAGAGAGAAGAUUGGUCUCUCUGAAGGAUACCCACAGAGGCCUGGUAAACAGAACUGCCGUUUUUACAUGUCAACCGGGAGCUGCUCAUAUGGGUCAUCAUGCCACUUCAAUCAUCCACGGCUCAAAGCAAAACUGGAAGUUUCAAGUUUCCCUUCUGAACAAAGAAAUCAUGAAGUUGAAUUUCUGGAACUGAACCGUGUUGGCCUCCCCAUUCGAGAAGGAGCAAGGAAGUGUACCUAUUACAUGCGUAAUGGUACAUGCGGAUAUGGAAAGAAAUGUUGUUAUAACCAUCCAGAGCAAGUGCUUGAUGUUCAACUCCACACGGCAACGGGAUGGGAUGAUACUAACUUGCAAUCUUCACCACACUCAAAGAAGUCACCUGAACAUGGAACCAUGGAUGACAUAUCGUCUGGAUCUGAGAUCCUUCCUCCAAACAUACUUCGGAUGCUUUUACCUCCUCAGAAUGUGCCCCCUUGUACAGAAGAAAAGGAAAUGAGGAUAAAAAAGGAUCCUGAUUGGGCAUCUGCUACAGAUGAUUCUGAUGGCUGCUGCUCGGCGGAUAGCUCAGAUGGGCCUUUGUGCAAGCAGGAACAUGGGAACUAUCCUGAGAGGCCUGUAUGCCCUUUCCUUCUGAGAUUUGGUAAUUGUAGGUUUGGAUCAUCGUGCCAAUAUUACCAUCCAAAAGACAAAUUUCCAAGUACCUACCAUCCAAAAGACAAAUUCCAAAGUAGAUACCAUCCAAAAGAAAAAUCAAGUAGAUACCAUCCAAAAAAAGAGCCAUCACUAUCAGGAGAACUGAUGGUUUAUCCUGACAGACCUGGUGAACCUGAGUGCCCCUUCUAUGUGAAAACCGGGUCCUGUAAAUUUGGUGCAAACUGUAAGUUUCAUCACCCGAAGGAUAUUACCCCAAGCAUGCAGGGUCCAGCAAGUCCAAAAAGGUCAGUUGCUGCAAACGAACACAACCCAGCAGCUAGAACCACACUAAAAGAUCAGAUGUACCAGCAACAAAAAUAUCCUGAGAGGCCUGGUCAACCAGAUUGCCGGUACUACAUGCAAUUUGGGAAAUGUAAAUUUGAAUCAGCAUGUAUAUUCAAUCAUCCAAAAGAACUUUCAAGUGGGUGGCAUCCGGCAGAAUGCCCAUUCUACAUGAAAACUGGGACAUGCCAAUUUGGAUCAGCUUGUGAAUUUUAUCACCCGAAAGAUCGGUGCCCAAGCAGAGGGGGAGUAAUUGAUGGUACUGACUAUGGACAUGAUUUUGCCACGAAGUCACAGAAUGUUCUGCAGCAUCAAAUUCCAUCAUCCAAGAGAUCGUCUUCCAAAGAAUUAGGUACUGCAUUUCCUGUUUAA